AUGUCGAUUGAGAUUCAAAAGCGGAUCAAGGACAAUGCCACCAGCGUCUCGGACUUCUUUUCGGACCUCUACAAGUGGACGGAGGAUCAGGAGAAGGAGGAGCGCCGCAGACAGAUCCGGAAGACUGCGCAGCAGGCCGGAGUCAAUGAAGCCCAAAAGCUCCUGGUGGCAAAGCCCGCAGAGAGCACACCGGCUGUAAAGGUGGAUGACGAGGUGCAAGAUGACAGGUCGGAUGCCAUCCGCAGGGACAGGAACCCCAUGGCGCAGUACUACAAUGACUGGGAUCAGUACGACCCAGAUGCCGAAGUCGACAAGAUCGAAGAUGAGGCCUUUCAGCAGCAGCGUGCCGAACGAGAAGCCCGCCAGGCUGAGAAGGAUCGGAUCUUGGAUGAGAUGGCCCUCAAGCCCAACGGCGACCGGACCCGCACCACCACCGCGCGGCCGCGGGUGAAGAUCUCCGUGCGGCGGAGCGGGCGGAGGGUGGCGCCGGUGGACCUGGCCGCCCCGCGGAAGGACGAGGCGAAUCGCCUCUUUGGUGCCGGCCGCUAUCGCGAGGCCAUCGCUGCCUACACCGCCGCGCUGGACUGUCUCGAGAAGUACGAACCUCCCGAGGCGCCAGGGCGUGCCGUGCGUUCCACGGCAGAUGGAGGGCGUGACCAGGAGGACAGCUGUGGCCAAGAACAGGAGGCCAUCGCUCUGAAGGUGGCUCUCCUGGCCAACCGUGCGCUCGCAUGCUUCAAGCUGGAGGGUGCCAGAUGUGUGGCCGCAUGCGCUUUGGAGCCUGGGUGCUGGUGCCGUUGCAGGGCGCCCUGCCGUGCUGUUUGGAGCUUGGGUGCUGGUGCCGCUGCAGGGCGCUGCUGCCAAUUGUCUGCUGACUGGCGCGAAUGCGUGGUGGAUGCCUCUGAGGCGCUUCGCUUUGAGCCACUCCAUCACAAGGCCACGCUGCGCCGCGGCUUCGCGCUGGCGCGCAUGAAGCGCUGGGGGCCUGCGGCAAAAGAUCUGGAUCGCGCUGUGAGCGUGGAUCCCGCAGACAAGAAGGCUCGGUAUGUGCCUGGUGUUUUAGCUUAG